CUGCCCGGGGCGCGGGAGAUUUGAACCGCGGCGACGGGUGGGCCUGGGAGCUGCGCGGCUCGGCGCCCACCGCCAUGGGGGUCUCCGGCAGCGCCCCGGCCAGCCCCGCCGCCCCGCUCUGCCGCCCCUCGGCCCACGUCAGCGACCCCCGCUCCCCCAGCGCCGGCAUCUUGCGCACCCCCAUCGAGGUGCUGAGCUCCCCGCUGGGCAGCCCGCAGGCCGGGCCCGCCGAGCCGCUGCCGGGCACCGGCCAGGGCCGGGACCCGCGCUCGCCCACGCCUGGCAUCUUCCGCACGCCCGUGAGGACCCUGUCGAGCGGCAGCCUGGACAGCCUGGUGAAGCAGCUCAGCGAGGCCUUCGGCGUUGGGGCCGCGGCCCCGGGGCCGGCGCCGCCGGGAGAGGCCUGCCCCGCCGCGGAGUCGGCCAGGCGGAGCUCCCUGCCCGCCGGCGGCCCGUGGCUGCCCGCCUGCCUGGGGUCCGAGGCGGGCAGGCCGCCUUCUCCCAGCGCCGUCGCGGUCUGGCAGCCCCGCCUGGCCGGGCCUGGCUUCUCCUCGGGGGGCAAGCCUGUAAGACGCAAAACCAACAACAAAAUCAUGGCAACAUCUGGUGGAAAUGGCCGUUCUCCCCUCAGCAUCCUGCAAGAUGAUAAUUCCCCCAGUGCUACUGCCCCUCGCCAGGGUAAGAGGCAUGUGUUGGGAGAGAACCUUGGGGAGAAGAAGGAAGUGACAGUGGAUCUGAGCAGGAGCCUCAAAUCUGGGAACUGUGCUUGGAAUGACUUGAACAAAGAGAACCAGCAGUGUCCUUUUGUGGAGAACUAGAGAUUUCCUUUUCCAGGAUCUUGCUGUAACUUGCUUCUAUGUUUUGGGAGCCUUCUGGGGUGAGAAAUCCUGCAACAGACUGAAACUCCAGACUUGAGGUUAUUCUUGACUGUCCCUGUUGGGAAAAGAACGCUCUCCUGGCUUUGCAUGUCUUAUGUAUAGUACAGGCUUUGGCUCUUCUGUUGUAUAUUGGCUGUAUUGACUUACUGUGGAGUUCUUAUCUGUAGCAAAUAAAUCUGUGUUGAACCUUU